UCCUCUUUUCAUCUUCCUCAUCGCCACAGGAACUGGCACUCGUUCAUUUCAUCCCACCCACCCUCUGUCCUUCCUUCAAUCCCUCCAUCACGCUCCUUUCGUCCCUUUCCAUCGCAAGACGCUCUCUCAUUCUUCCACCAUGAGGGCCAUCGCGCUUCUCCUGUCAGCCACACUCGUAUCCCUCGCUCAAUCGCAAACCGGCUACUACACCCUCCAGGACUCCUUCCUCGGCGGUCCUACCUUUCUCGACAACUUCAAUUUCUGGACAAGCUGGGAUCCCACGUUCGGCUUUGUCCACUAUGUCGACCAAGCUUUCGCCGAGCAGUUCUCCAUGAUCACCACCACCGACUCCACCGUCGCAUGGGGUGUGGAUACCACUCAGAUCUUGGACCCCGACGCCAACCUCGGCCGCCUUAGCAUUCGUCUCUCCAGCAUCCAGCGAUACACACGUGGCUUAUUCGUCCUCGACUUGGCACACAUGCCAGUUGCAGCUUGUGGCUCCUGGCCUUCUUUCUGGACUUUGGGAGGAACAGGAGUCUGGCCGAGCAGCGGCGAAAUCGACAUCAUCGAGCUUGUGAAUCAAGUCCCAGACAAUCUCAUGUCGCUGCAUACCUUGCCCGGCUGUACAGUUGCGGCAGCCGACGAAACCGGCACACUUCUCUCUUCGAAUUGCGGCUUCGCUGGUGGUUUCGAGGGCUGCACCGUCCAGGCCACUUCCCCAUUCAACUCCGGCACCGAGUUCAACGCAGCCGGUGGCGGCGUGUAUGCUAUGGAAUGGACCUCAGCAGCAAUUCGAAUGUGGUUCUUCCCUCGUAACGCCAUUCCCGCGACCUUACUAUCGCCCUUCCCCGACGUCAGCGCCCUCGGCGUCCCCAUGGCAAACUUCGCCGGCAGCUGCAACAUCGACUCCUAUUUCUCCAAUCACAGCCUGAUGUUCGAUAUCGAUUUCUGUGGCUCGUGGGCUGGACCAACAUUUCAAGCAGAUGGCUGUCCACCUCUUGAUCCAACAAAUAGCUGGUCAUCUUGCAACGAGUUCGUCGCUCUGAAUCCCGGCGCCUUCACCGAGACAUACUGGGAGGUCAACUACCUCAACGUCUAUUCCCUCAUUCCCGGCACCGCUCCGACAUCCACCUCCAGCCUCUCGAGCGUUACACCCGCGGUCUCGACGAGCUCGGUCAGCUCGAUUUUGAGCAAUGCCAACGGACGUUCGACCACACCUACAAUGUCCCUUGCCGGCACAACGCCACACAUCACCACAGGCUCCUUCACUGCCACAAGCUCUGUGCUCAGCGUCUUGUCAUCGUUGUCCGCCAGCUCUGUAAGUGCCAGUCUUGCCAGCGCGCAGACGACGCCGACGACCAGCCUCGUGACCCCUUCACCGAUGGUAACUGGCCCGACGACUACUUCUGUGGCAGCAACUUCACCACCCUCCCCAGCAUCUAUGACAAGUUCGAUGUCAGUGACAUGCAACGGCGCCAUCUGCACCUACGUCUACACCUCCGUCGUCAUCGAGACAAUCACCGUCCAUGCAUUGCUGGAGCAGUCACCCGAUCUCGCCCAAGAUGUGGUCUUCAACUUCGACCGCUGGGGCAAUGAAGAUGAGCACACCAUGCCUACGCAUCUGGGAGCCAUGAAGAGAGCGGCCUCCACCACGGUCGAACUCUCCUCCUCCGCUUCCACCAACACGCCAGCUGCUUCUACUACACCAACUGGUGUGAGCGUGACAGCCUUUCCCGCCCUCAACACGCUGGUCACGCCGGACGUGUCGCCCGACCCCACCGGUCUGCCGAUUCCCAGCGUCUACAGCAGCUUGUUGAGCCGCGGGAGCAGCACGACGAGCGCUUAUACUGUGUCGUCGACUUCUCACUCGACUGGCGCGGAGACGCAUGCGGUCCCUGCACGAUUGCUCGUGGUGUCCUGCACUCUAUGCACGCUCGUGAUCAUUGGCUUUGGGCAGGUGGUUUGAAGAAGGGGAAUUGAUGUGGACAGAUGUGAUAAUGUCUAAUGGUUGACGGGGAGAGAGGAAUAUGACGCGUCGCAUGGGAUAUGAUUGUACUGUAGUGUACAACGUACCAUGCAGCAGAUCGUUCGCUGCCGUUCUCACGCCUUCUCCUCUCAAUGACAGUUCGCACUUCAUGACACGGCUCUGUACGGCUUACACAAUCCUCACGCAGGUGUGACCGCCGGGCGUUAACAUUCAACGAAAACGGCCCUGCACGUGGAACAUGGCUGUCCAGAUGAUGAUGUGCCGAAGAUGAAACGAAAAACGCGCCUUGCGUCAACGGGCACAAACAAACGCGAUGACGAUGGAUCAGAAGCCCUCAGCCCUCGUAUUCCAUUCCAUCAUCAUCAUCUCAUCGCCAGCGGGCCCCCGAUACGAGAGAUAAGAUGAUCAAGGCGCGCCGUCCCCCGGUACGAAAGGAAA